ACGCGCGCAUAAAGGCGACAGAAGAGGAGAGUCGCUUCAGUAUACAAGUAGAAGACAGGGAUGGAUCACAGACCGGCGGAUUUCGCACUUUGUGGACGCGCAAAAGCAGUCUUUUAGUGCACUGCAUCCUGGAAUAUUCUUCCAUUCACAUCUCACUCUCUUUCACAAUUUGCCAUUUAUAGAUCAAACAAGUCUCUGGUGCACCAAAACAGUUUUGCUUUUCGCGCAUAAUCAUGUUUUUUUUGCUAAGGUCAGUUCUUCUUGUUAAUGUGUUAUAUGUUCAAUGGGAAAUUGUUGGUUCAAUGCAGAGUCAGUUGUGCGAACCCGUCAGACUGGACCACCAGAGAUAUGUAGAGAACAGUUUAGUCGGUGUUGAAGAGAACGCGUUGCCACAAAGAGUUGUAUUCAAAAUAAGUGCAUUCGAACAAGAUUUUGUACUCGAAUUGCAGUCGGACUUCAGUUUCAUUGCCCCAGGCUUCUCUGCACACACAGACGCAACUACUCAAAAUUCAGCUCAGAGUGAAGAUUUGAGCCGGUGUUUCUAUGCCGGCGAGGUGAAUUCUGACCCCCUGUCCUACGCAGCGCUGAGUUUAUGCAAAGGCUUGCAGGGGGCUUUCGGCUAUGAUGGCUGGGAAUACUUCAUCAAGCCGGCGUUCAACGACACCACCUCAACAACCGACUGGGAAAAUGUGGAUGCGCAUCUUAUCAGACGCCGGUCUAACGCAAAUCUGAAUGGAACUUCCACUUCAAGGUGCGGUGUGGACAGCGGUGUGACCUACACCGUUGCACAGUCUUUGGCAAAGUUUAAACACCUGAAGGAGCAACACAUUAGUCACCUGAGAAAUCGCUCGAAAAGGUUUGUCUCCAUUCCGCGUUAUGUAGAGACAUUAGUGGUGGCCGAUGAGUCCAUGGCUAAAUUCCAUGGUGACGACCUGAAGCAUUACGUGCUGACUUUAAUGUCGGUGGCAGCUAAGCUUUACAAACAUCCCACCAUUCUCAACUCUAUCAACAUCGUGGUCGUCAAGUUUAUGGUGAUUAACGAGGAAGAGAAAGGACCCAAGGUGUCCGGGAACGCAGCGAUGACCCUGCGUAAUUUCUGCACCUGGCAAAAGAAGCUGAACAAAAACAACGACAAGCACCCGGAGUAUUGGGAUACGGCCAUCCUGUUCACAAAAGAGGACCUGUGUGGAUCCUCAACUUGUGACACACUGGGUAUGGCAGAUGUAGGCACUAUGUGUGAUACCAAGAGAAGCUGCUCUGUAAUUGAAGAUGAUGGGUUGCCAUCUGCCUUCACUACUGCCCAUGAGCUUGGACACGUCUUUAAUAUGCCACAUGACAAUGUUAAGGCAUGUGAGGAGGUGUUUGGUAAGCUGCAGGACAAUCACAUGAUGUCUCCCACUCUGAUUCGUAUCAAUCGCACCAGUCCCUGGUCCCCAUGCAGUGCUGCCAUUAUAACUGAUUACCUGGACAGUGGAUACGGUGAUUGUCUCUUGGACCAACCUCAGAAACCUUUAACUCUACCAGAAGUGCUCCCUGGUGCAUCAUAUGGUUUAGAGCGGCAGUGCGAGCUUGCCUUCGGAGCUAGUUCAAAGCCAUGCCUGUUCAUGCAGGCACCAUGUCAGCGCUUAUGGUGCACAGGGAAGACUCGUGGGCAACUGGUGUGCCAGACAAGACACUUUCCGUGGGCAGAUGGAACUAGCUGUGGGGAUGGACAGCUCUGCAUGCGUGGUACCUGUGUAGAGAAACAGGAGAUCUCCAAAACUAAGUUGGAUGGCAGAUGGGGUAAAUGGGGACCAUUUGGAACAUGCUCCAGAACUUGUGGAGGUGGAGUGCAGCUGUCAAAAAGAGAGUGUGACAACCCCGUGCCAGUUAAUGGGGGCAAAUACUGCCAAGGAGUGAGGGUCAAAUACCGUUCCUGCAACCUCACCCCAUGCCUCGACACAGGAAAGAGCUAUCGUGAGAAACAGUGUGAAGCUUACAAUGGGUUUAAUCUAAACACUAACCGGCUUACCCCCUCUGUGGUAUGGGUACCCAAAUAUUCUGGUGUUUCCAUCAAAGAUAUGUGCAAGCUGAUUUGCAGGGCAAAUGGAACAGGCUACUUCUACGUUCUUGCCCCAAAGGUUGUUGAUGGAACACCAUGUUCUCCUGACUCCUCAUCAGUCUGUGUCCAAGGUAAAUGCAUCAAGGCAGGCUGUGAUGGAAAACUAGGCUCCAAUAAGAAGUUUAACAAGUGUGGUGUCUGUGGAGGAGAUAACAAGAAUUGCAAGAAGAUCUCAGGCCUUUUCACCAAGCCUGCACAUGGUUACAAUUUUGUGGUCAUGCUUCCCAUUGGAGCCUCCAACAUCGACAUCAGGCAGCGUGGCUACAAGGGCAUUUUGAGUGAUGACAACUAUCUAGCCGUCAAGAACAGCCAGGGAAAGUACCUGCUAAAUGGAAACUAUGUGGUGUCUGCAAUGGAGAAGGAUAUUCUAGUAAAAGGAAGCUUGCUUCGUUACAGUGGAACCGUCGGUUCCUCUGAGACUCUCCAGACAGUGAAGCCUCUUGGUGAGGCCCUGAUAAUUGAAGUGUUGUCUGUGGGCCAGAUGACACCUCCACGCAUCCGCUAUUCCUUCUACUUACCACGGGAGAGUAAAGAUACCAAGGUGCAAAAGAAGCAUGAAAAUACACAUGCCGAAAACAGUGUGCUUAGGGAAGAGGGAGGAAUCAAUAAAGGUGGAAAAGAGUCAGAUCUGCUCAAGGACAACAUCUCACCAUCUUACAUCAAAGAUAGCCUACCAUCACCGGGGAAGUGGGUGGCAGCAGUAUGGGACAUGUGCUCAGUUACCUGCGGUAAUGGGCUCCAGAGGAGAAUGGUGCAGUGUCUUGUUGCAGAUGGUGGGCCUGGGGUGGACUGUGACCCUGCCCAUAAGCCUAGUACUAUUCAGGUAUGUGGAGACCCUUGCCCCAUGUGGGAAGUGGGUGACUGGUCCCCCUGCUCCAAAACCUGUGGGAAGGGAUUCAAACGGCGCCUGCUUCGCUGUGCUACAAAUACAGGAAAGCUGCUACCCAGAGAGCACUGUGCAGGCAAGAAGAAGCCACAGGAGCUGGACUUCUGUUCACUAACUCCUUGUAAAUAAUCCUUACCUACCUUUCCUCCUGUCAUUAAUUCCAUACAUGGACCUUCCAUUUUGUCAAAUUACUUAUUCAGAGAAUAGAGAAAAGAACAAACAAAAAGACACUGUUCUGGUUCAUAUUUUUUAUUGCCUCAUCUGCCUGAAAAUGGGAAAGAUUAAAUGAACAUCCAUAGAAACAUUAUGAGGCAGACAACUGAGGUCAUUUGAUAAAUAGGCUUGAACACAAAUGCAAAAGUAUUCUACCUCGAAUUGUAACCAAAUUGUUAAUUGAUAUAAUUCAUGCAAUAUAUACCAUGUCUUCUGAAGCAAUACAACCACUUUGUGUGAUGAACAGAAUACAAUUUAAGUUGUGUUUUUCUAUCAAAUCUUGUGACCAAACAUGGAAUAUGACAUCAUGAUAUUUGGUCACAAAACUCGAUGAACACCAAUGAGGUUUGAUGUUAUCGUGUAGCUGCCAUAUUUUAUUUUUAAAUGCUUUAUUAAUGAUUUGAUUUGAGGGUUAAAGGCUUAAAUUUUGUUCUGUUCAGUACAUAAAGUGAUUGUAUCUCUUCAGACAACCUGGAAUGUAGUCGAGUUUAUAUAUAUAUAUAUAUAUAUAUAUAUAUAUAUAUAUAUAUAUAUAUAUAUAUAUAUAUAUACAUACAUACAUACAUACAGUAUGUAUAUUAUUUUUAAGAGAGAAAGUCAUGCCUGUUUGGAGCAAGUAAAGUUAGGGUGAGUAAAUAAUAACAGAAUUUUGGGUGAACUAUCCCUUAAACUGAAUGGAUACUUUUUCCACAAACAUCCUUGUAAAAAAUCUCUAUUUGUGUGAGCAACUGAUGUUUGAAAUUAUCUUUAAUGAAUGCUUGCAGUGAAAGCUAUCCCAAACACUGAUAUGCCCCAUCUGAGUUAACAGAAACAUUCCACAGGGUAUAUAAUAAACUAACCCAGAAAAUGCCUUUGUACUGCAUGGAACUGGUUGCAACUAUAUACCCUUUGAUUCUCUCUUUUCUCCAAAGCACAGAUAAUGGUGAAUAGUGAAUUGGGAAAAUUAACUGCAUCAAGAUAAACAUCCAAGGAUGAGACCGGAGUAUUUGAAUAGGAGGUUAAUAUUUGCAAAAAAUGGUUUACUGGUUUAUUUGUUUUUCAAAUUUUUUUAGAAUCUUGCUAUACUACAAAACCAACAACAUCCCAGCAGCUCUCUCCUAUUUUUGCUUGAGGAAUUUAAAUUCUUUGUGUCAACAAACAGACUUAAUAUUAGCAUUUUUUGCAGCUCACAACAAGUAGAGCAAGGAAGCAGGUUAUCCCUGUGCUUUACAUCAUGUAGAUAAAAUAAGUCACUAUUUUGGUAAUGUGACUAGAAGUCUACUUUUCCAAGCACAACUACAUUCCAUCAAGCCCUUGCAUGCAAUCCAAGGGUCAACUUUUACUCACACUUUUACACAGUAACUCAAGAUGGGCCAUUUUGACAAAGUGCAGAUCAUGGAAAUAUUUAAGAUGUAAAAGAUGUAUUAGCCCCUUCAAAUAAAACAGCCAGGAGAAUGCCUUACAUAUACAAGGCCUGUGUUUUAUCAUUAAGCAUGUGUUAGCAUGUUUGCCUUCUAUCCUUAGACAUUUUUGCAUGUCCUUUCAUCUCCUUCAAGCCCUCACUGUUAUUUAUCUCAACAAACCUAGUUUUUCUGGCCAGCAUAUUUCUUGCUGUCAACCAUGUUCUGUACUGCCAAACACAUUCUCUCCUCAUCCAGUUUUCAGCCAGAGAUCUUUUUUUGUUUGUUGUAAUGCUGUUUAGCGAACAUGUCCUCCUCUUCUCUACCUACCACAGAGCCAGAGGUGCAGCUGCUAUAAUCAUGCCCUGUCUGGUACAGUUGCCAUUGUAACUAAGUUAUUAUGACUAUUAAAAUGAAUUUUGAGCGCUGGUGGCACAAGGUUGUGUUGUGCCCUGUGCUUCAGUGGCAAGUCAUUCGUUGUAUACAGUACAUGAAAAUCCCUGUAAUACACUAAACAUUUUACAUUUGUGAUCAAGGUUCUUCAGAGUGACCAUAUCGUCCAUCUAAAAGAUGGUUUCUGUAUUACUAUUUUUUUCUUUUGCACUUUUGUACAGCAAAAGAUUUUAAUGUCCUGCAUGGGCUUGUAUACCAUGUAUACAUCCAUCUGGUUGUGCACAGACAAGUCAUGUAAAUACCUAUUAUGUCUUGUUAUACAUAAAUACAAACAAAACAUUUCCCUCAUCAAUGCUUCAAGGUAUUUAUUCCAAAUAAAACAUAUAGAAAUA